GUAUUGGCCACUGGCAGCCAAAAGCCCCGCCUUUACGGAAGUGUACGUGCCGCCUGCCGGAGAGAUGUUCCUGUAGCACCAGCCGGAAGUUGCACAUGUCCAGCAUGUACAAGGAGCCGGUAUAUUGGGAUAACCGCUAUGAGGCGGAACGAGCUGUGCCCGGGGGAUAUGACUGGUUUGGGACUUACCGGGAUUUCGCAGAGUUGGUCAGGCGAGAGAUUAGACCCGGGACCCGAGGGCUAGUACUCGGAUGUGGCAACAGCUCGCUUAGCGUGGACCUGCACAAGGAAGGGGUAAGCCCUGUCGUUAGCAUUGAUUACUCUCCGGUAUGCAUCACGGAGAUGGCACGUAAACACGCUGGGAUUCCUGACAUGAGGUGGCUGGUGAUGGAUGCUCGGCAGCUUACGUUUCCAGAUGGAAGUUUCGAUCUGGUCAUUGAGAAAGGGACGCUGGAUGCCAUGAUGGUCGGGGAAAGAGACCCUUGGAGAGUUAGCCCUGACACUAUUUCUCUGGUAGAUCAAGUGCUUAGUGAGGUUAGUCGAGUGCUUUCUCCAACCGGAUGCUUCAUCUCAAUCACUUUCUCCGCUCCCCAUUUUCGCACACGUCAUUAUGCACAGCCUGCAUAUGGCUGGUCUGUCUCAUGUGAUACAUAUGGCAGGGACUUCCACUAUUUCCUGUACACCAUGCGCAAGGGGCGGGAACUGACAACCUUUGACCUUGAGAGGGGGCGGAGUCUCCAUGCACCACCUAUUCUCCCAGAGACACUACCAACACUUGCUGAGAAUGAUGACGAGGAGUUCCUGAAAAAUAUCCAGAUCUGAAAGGGAUGGCAAUCGGGGCAAGAUCCAGCCGGAAAUGUCAGCCUUGAGAGAGUAUUUAAAUGAACAAUUAAGAGUCUUCAGAUACGUCCCCCUUUUAAUAGAUCAUCAUAAUUACA